AUGGUUGAGGGAGACCUCCCGCUAUCCCAGGGAAUCCAACCUGGCCUUGGACACUCCCAGGGAUCCAGGGGCAGCCACAGCUUCUCUGGGAAUUCCAGCCCAGCCCCUCCUCCCAGGGAAGGCCGAUCCCGAUAUCCCGAUCCCAGGCCUUUCCCUGCUCUCCCCCAGGGCCAGACCGUGGACGACAUUCCCAAGGAAGUGUUGAUCGACUGUGCCCACCUGGUGAAGGCCAACAGCAUCCAAGGGUGCAAGAUGAACAACGUGAGCGUCGUUUACACCCCCUGGAGCAACCUGAAGAAAACGUCGGACAUGGACGUGGGGCAGAUCGGCUUCCACAGGCAGAAGGACGUGAAGGUGCUGACUGUGGAGAAGAAGGUGAACGAGAUCCUGAACCGGCUGGAGAAGACGAAGGUGGAGCGGUUCCCGGACCUGGCGGCCGAGCGGGAGGCGCGGGAUCGGGAGGAGCGGAACGAGAAGAAGGCCCAGAUCCAGGAGAUGAAGAGGAGGGAGAAGGAGGAGCUGAAGAAGAAGAAGGAGCUGGAGGAGCUGAGGAGCUACUCCUCCCUGAUGAAGGCAGAGAACAUGUCCUCCAACCAGGAUGGCAACGACUCCGACGACUUCAUGUGAGCGGAGCUGCUCCCGCCCGGCCCCGCCGCUCAGAUGCC